AUUGUCGCCUGGAUACGGGAGCUCUGUGGUAGAGGAGAGCUAGCCGGCUAGCAGCGUCUCUAAACCGUUUCGUCUUUGUCACGGUAUUCACAUGUACCGCCAAUUCUUUAUGCCAAGCAGAGACAGUCACGAAUGGUGAGGAUAGAAUGCAGAGUUCUCAACUUUAUUUCUGUUCACUUAUUGAAAGCUGCACAUUUAUGGCGUUUGUCAGUGUGAGUGGAGACUUCUGCCAGGCACAGCACCUGGUCAUUGUUGACAAGUGAAAAGAGGGCCUGCCAUAUGAAGAUAUUCCUACCUGACUGCCCAUCUUACAUUCUGCACUUUUGGGGAGCAUCUGUUUUUGUCCAAAGUUAGUGUAUGAAUCGGUUUGAGCCAAUCCAGGUACUAGAGAGUGAACCAUUUUUCCUCUCUUUAGUGCCAACUGAUCACCUCUCCUCUCCUGAAUGGGGUAAUUAGAAAUUGCGAAUCGGAAGGAUAGUUCCCUUCUUCAGUUUUUAUUUUCAAAUCGAGGGAUUGUGAAAGUGGAAUACUCUUAAUAUUUCACGUUUAGAAAAUACAAAGUUUUACCUGAAUGCCAAGUGGCUAAGAUAAUUUUUUCCCACCGUUUUGGAAGUUUCUUUUUUAAGUACAAUUAAUCAUUUAAGUGUCAAAAUGAAUCGUCCAGCUCCAGUCGAGAUCACCUAUGAAUGCAUGAGGUUUCUCAUCACCCACAAUCCCACCAAUUCACAGCUGACCAAGUUUACAGAGGAACUGAAGAGUUUUGGAGUGCAGACGCUUGUUCGGGUUUGUGAAGCGACUUAUGACAAGACUCCAGUGGAAAAAGAAGGCAUUGAAGUUUUGGAUCGACCUUUUGAUGAUGGCUGUUCGCCCCCUGACCAAAUUGUUGAUGAGUGGUUAAAUCUCCUGAAAUGUAAAUUUAAGGAGGAACCAGGCUGUUGCAUUGCAGUACAUUGUGUUGCUGGAUUGGGCCGAGCUCCUGUAUUGGUGGCUAUAGCCUUGAUCGAGUGUGGGAUGAUGUAUGAAGAUGCUGUCCAGUUUAUUCGAGAGAAAAGGCGUGGGGCUUUCAACGCCAAACAACUGAUGUACCUUGAAAAAUACAAACCCAAGAUGCGUCUGCGCUUCAAGGAUGCCAAUGGUCAAAACUGCUGCGUUCAGUAAAAUACAUCCAAAAACUUUAUAUAAUAAUUAUUGUUAGUGUUGUUAUUAUCAGUUUUUGUUUGAUUAUUAUAUUGGACCAGGAUUUUGCUGUAUUGCAGUGCCAAGCACACAAUCUGGGUACUCUGUAUUAGUGUCUAGAUGGGUAUUUUUUUUUUUAUAGAAAUGUUACCUAAUCUGGCCAAUCAUGUAAACUCGCAGGCAAAGUGGGAUAUCACUAGUGAUGUUUUUCAUUGUAAACUCAUUGGUAUCAUGAUUGAUUGCAGAUGUUAGUGUUUUAUGCCCUCUCUCUAAAACUAGGUGUCCCCAAAUUGUCUGGAUUGUUGAUCACAACAUCCUGCAGUAAGUGAAAAACUCACCCAGUUGGUGCUUGUAAUGGACAGUUCUUGAAGUCUCUAAGAUACAUGGGCACAACUACUGUAUCUAAUGUUAUAGAUAUUAAACAUUCCAGGACACAUUCACAGGUCAUCAGUUGAAUGGAAAAAAAAUGAAUGAAAAACUAGAUUAUCUAAUCUCUCCAAACUGAUUGUUGAAAUGAGUCAAAUUCAAAUAAACCAAAAAAAUCCAGCA